AUGCAAGGACGUUUUUUCUUGGAGAUCAAGUACAAAAGGCUAAUACUCGAUUGGGGGGACGAUAUAGUCUGGCUAGGUUGCUCCGAUUCGCGCUGCCCCGAGACGACGAUCCUGGGGUUACAACCGGGCGACGUGUUUGUGCAUCGCAACAUUGCCAACAUUAUUUCGCCGACCGACAUCAACACGGCGGCCGUGAUUGAAUACGCCGUCGCCUUUCUCAAGGUCAAGCACGUGGUCCUCUGCGGCCACACGGCCUGCGGAGGUGCCGCCGCCGCCCUGGAUGAUGGCCGCCUCGGCGGUGUCCUCGACUACUGGCUCACUCCCCUCAAGGCUGUCCGCAACGCCAAUGCCGAGGAGCUGGGCCGCAUCCGGGACGACAAGGAGCGCGCGAUCCGCAUUGCCGAGAUGAAUGUCGAGGCGGGCGUCAAGGUACUCAUGGCCAAUGCCACCAUUGCCGAGCAUAUUCGGGAUCGAGGACUGCAGGUUCACGGUACGAUUUUUGAUAUUGCCAGCGGUCGAAUCAAAGAUCUCGGCCAUGGCACAGUCAAACCCAGCAAGACUGCAUUUGGUGAUUUCGGUGCAGGAGAAGGUGAGAUUAUUAGGGGCAAGCAUGCGACUUUGGUGUUUAGGAACGAUGGUGCGGCCAUGGAGGCUCGGUAA